UUAGGUUGGUGCACCGAUUGCAACGAGUACGAUGACUUGGGUUGUUUCGACUCCCCACACGACUGUCACUCUACGACCCCAAACACCCCCGAUGAAAUUGGAACCAAAUUCACUGUAUUCACCCAAGAUAAUCGAGCAAUAGGCGACGUCUUGGACCGGAAGAACUUGGAUAGCAUCCGAAAAUCACACUUUAACCCGAAUAGGGAUACGAAGAUCUUUGUACAUGGAUGGAAAGAUAGCAUGGAUUGGGGCAGCUGGAAGAAUUUCAGAGAUCGCUUUCUUGAUACAUACGACGUUAACGUGGUGUUUGUAGACUGGUACCCAGGUGGUUCAAAGAACUAUUUGAAGAGUAGCGCCAAUACCCGCGUGGUUGGUAGGGAGAUCGCAAAACUCAUCGAGGCUUUCCGCGAUGUCGGCGCCACCUCCAACUCCAUGCACAUCAUCGGGCACAGCCUUGGAGCUCACACCGCUGGGUACGCGGGAGAGGCUUGCAGAGACCCUGCUAUUAGCAUAGGGGAGACAGUCGGCAGAAUUACAGGAUUGGAUCCCGCUGGACCCGGGUUUAGCGGCAAUCUUGAUAACUCUUGUCGCUUAGAUAAGUCAGAUGCUGCUUUUGUUGACGUCAUUCAUACGGAUGGAGAACCCGCUGGCGCUGGACUCUUAGAUGAGUUAGGCCACCAAGAUUUUUAUCCGAACGGAGGUUGUGAAAUGCCCGGCUGUCCAGUGAUAGGCAAUAAGAUGUGUGAUCAUAACCGUGUCACCGCAUACUUCCUUGAGAGCAUCGCGUCUACGUGCUCGUUCUCCCCAUCGAAAAAGGGAGCGACGUAUGAGGACAUCGAAGCUGGACGUACGACGAAGUGCACGACUUUUACAUGCCCCGCGAUGGGCUACAAAGCAGACUCGAGCAAGGGCGAAGGGGCGUUUUAUCUUGAGACCAACAAUUACAGUCCUUAUUGCCAGGGCUAAGGGGUAAUAUGUAAUGUAGAUGAGUGGUAUAAAGGGGUAAGGGUUGGAUGGGAAUAGAUGAGAGCUAAGAUUGUGGUACAAGAGGGUUAAAAUGAGGGAAAUUAUGAGUGAUUGCCAUCUGUAUACAUGUCAGUC